AUUUUCCAGCUGACAGUUGACCUUAAUUGUGGCUUUUUAACUUCAUCUAUGGAACUGUAGUCUUCCAAAAAUGACGCAGCUGGAUCAGAAUCUCCCAGAUUUGGGAGGCCCGUACCUGUAUAAAGAAGAUGAUGAACGUGAAAAAGCUGCUUAUGUUGUCGAUACCCCAUAUGGAUUUCAACUGGACUUGGAUUUUCUGAAGUAUGUUGAUGAGAUUCAAAGUGGACAAACACUGAAGAAAGUUCCAGUUCAUCGGAAGUCAAAAUCACCCAGGCAUACAUCUAAUCUGAAAAGUCCCUCUAGUAAUGCUACUUUAUGGACUUCCACAGAAUCUCUGUCAUCCACAACUAGUGAAGAUGGUAAAGGUUUAUCUGUGUUUUUACCUAGGACUCAUUCAAGCUCUUCAGAAACAAGAGAGUGCACAAGCACUCGGGUGUCAAAUUCUGUAUCCCCAACUCCUGUUAUCAGCCUUCUCCCCCCACCUUCUCCAAAGACUGUAGUACGAAACCUCCGUGUUGAAAAAACAUUGUUGGAGACAAGUAAGAGACUUGAGGAAGAGCAGCUGAAUCUGCAAACUCUAGGAGAUGAUCAGAGACCUAGGAUACCCAGCAGUGGCUCCAAAGUCGAUGGAGUAAUGUCCACUACCAUAAGUCAGUUGCCCACUACUUCACAUCAUAAUGGAAAUGGGGAAAGUCCAGCCUUGUGUAGUCCAUCUUGCACAAGUUCUAUUAAAAUGAGCCCUUUAAACUCUGGGAGAAGCACUCCCGUCAUGAACAUUCCUCCCGUGCAUCUGCAGAAUGUCCGUGAACAAAUGGCAGCAGCUCUGAAACGACUCAAGGAACUAGAGGAACAAGUAAAGUUGAUUCCUACUUUGGAAACAAAAGUAUCAACACUGCAACAAGAGAAGGAGAAACUUGAAUCAGCAUUAAAGAAAAGAAGGCCCUCUGGUCCUAGUGACAUUUUAUGCCAGCAGGUGUCUUCCAGUGUAGGGCCUUCUACAGACCAGGACAAAACUGUAAAAAAGUCAGACUGCCAUGUUGAUUUGGACACAGAGACUGAUGGCUUCAAAUUCAGAACAAGUAAAAUUGUAGAACUUAGAAGGUUGACUGAGAAAUUGUCAUCAGAAAGGAAUGGAAAAUUGGACAAAAGCACUUCUGUGCAGGUGGCCGAAGCUCCACUGAAGGUGGUAGAAGAAGAGGUAGUAUACAAAACUGUUGGUGUAGGAGAAGAUCUCAACAUGGACGAUGCUGUCUUCUACUACAAAUCACAGAGACCAGUGAAGGAUGCAUCAGUUGGCCUAGAAAAUGAAACGAAGAACGUUGGCUGUUGGGUAAUGGAGUCCUUAUUAGGGUUAAGUAGUGAUGCUGAAAAGGAAAUUGAGCUUUUGCAGUAUACAAUCGGUCAUCAGAAGGACAGCAUUGCCAUGCUUGAAGGGCAUUUAAAAGAUGCAACCGAUGAGCUUGAAACACUGAGAGUGGAGGUUUGUUUGAGAAGGCCGAAACAAACACUCGACAAAAGUAUCCUCACACAGCCAGUGGGUAACAAUGUGUCUGUGUCUGCUGUUGUUGAGGUCAGGGACAAAGCGGUAGGUAGCCAUUUCGAAAUAGUAGAUAAAGGUGUUGAUUGCACACCACAGAUGUCCAGCAGGGCAGUUGGCUGUGAGUACAACACUAAGGACAUUUGUGUUGGUCCAGACUCAAAAAUAGGACUUCAGGAAAAAGCCAUUCAAACUGAUACAGAAAACAGUAAACCAGCACGUUCUCUUAAACUCUCUUUGUGCGACACCACUUUGGGAAAUCGCUCUAAGCAGGAAGGAGGUGAUGCAUCACAUAUUUGCAGGGAAGUAAACCCAUCAGAAAAACAAGUCAUCAUCAGUAAUAAACAGGUUGUUGGUCAGACAUGCUUGAAAACUGAAAGAUGUGUGACAGAAAAGACAAUAAAUGUUGUUAGUACCUCAUCUGCAAGUGUCACAGAGCACUGCUUGGCCUUAAAAAAUGCAAGCAAAACCUCAGCAAAAGGUUCUAGCAGAAAGGAAGAUGACGAUAAGGAAGCGAGUGAAAAAGCGCCAACUUGUUCCCAGAAUGGUGCCCUGAAAUCAAUCAUGAAAAGGAAAGACGGCACGUCAAACUCCGAAACAAACGGGGGAAAGAAGAGUUUGCAGUUUGUUGGUAUUCUUAAUGGAGAGUAUGAGAGCACAUCAAGUGACGAUUCCAGUGACGAUGGAGAUGACAGCUCUUCAGAUAAGGUAUCAGACGACAGCUGUGACAGUGACAUAGCAAAUCUGAUUGAAACCUCGGAUGAAGAACUUAACAUAGAGGACAGUGACAGUGAUGAAGUGUCAGGAAAAGAGAAGAAAGAAGAGAAGACGAAGAAAAAAAUAACUGUUGAAGAGCAGCACAUUGAUCAAGGAGAAAUUAAAGAAAAGUUUGAACUGAGUAUGGAAAUGCGAGAAGCAUGCUUAAUUCUGAAAAAUCACCUAAAUGAUUCAAAUGCUAUGAAAAACAAGGAUGUGGUGUCCAGCAGCAACAUAAUUCAGCAAGAAUGGUUUAAAAAGUCCAGUCAGAAAUCUUCUGUUCCUGAAACUGUGGCAGAUUACCUGAUGGCUUUUGCUGAAGUCUCACCAGGAAUGCUGGAGUAUGUAGUCAAUAUGGCAGAUGGGAAUGGAAACACCGCUCUACAUUAUAGUGUAUCACACUCCAACUUUCGCAUUGUUACACUGCUGCUCGACACAGGGGUCUGUAAUGUUGAUUUCCAGAACAAAGCUGGCUACACGGCGAUCAUGUUAGCAGCCCUGGCUGCUGUGGAGCUGGAGGAGGACAUGGCGGUGGUGCGAAAGCUGUUUAGUCUGGGGAACGUCAACGCCAAGGCUAGCCAGGCUGGGCAGACAGCACUAAUGUUAGCUGUAAGCCAUGGACGGCAGGAGAUGGUGAAGGCUUUGCUGACCUGUGGAGUGGAUGUGAAUAUCCAGGAUGAUGAAGGUUCUACUGCUUUGAUGUGUGCCUGUGAACAUGGUCGAGUUGAAAUUGUGAAGUUGCUGCUCGCACAGUUAGAUUGUGAUGCCUCCAUAGUCGAUAAUGAUGGAAGCAAUGCACUUUCUAUAGCUCUGGAGGCUAACCACAAUGAUAUUGCAGUGUUACUCUAUGCUCAUAUGAACUUCUCCAAGGCACAGUCUCCUGUCAGCAGUCCCAACUUGAGCCAGAAGAGUCCAACAAGUCCCAAUGGAAGAGCUGCCCUUGAGUGAAUACUGAGAAAAUGAUUAGCAGAUUUUGUUUAGCAGCAGAAACUUUAGUGCAUGUAUGAACAUUGCAUCAUGCAGUGAUGAAAUGCACUUUUGCUGGCCAUCUGCAGUACUGCUUCAUAUCAUUGGCACUACAGUGAUUUCAAUAACCUAUCUGAUAUUACAAAUUGCACCGGAACUACUGUUUUUGUGGAAACGUUGCACUGUACCUUUAACCGAGUUACACACCCAUGCAUGUUCACAAUGCACUGCUUACCCCCCUCAUUAAAGUUAGUCAGCAGUAAUUCAGAGCAACACUUUUAUUCAUCACUGUACCUGGACUGAAAAGGACAAUCAAUGUUAAGUGUACUGAUGCAUGUGUUUACUUAAAUCAUGAAUCAGGAUUAUCAUUAGCUGACAUGUUACCACAAAACUGCCAUUGUUUCUGGUUGGCCUGUCUUGCUUCUGUAAAAUGUCACAACACCGUCCUUUUGUAAAUUAUAAAGUUGCUGUUUCACAAAGACCAACCAGUCUACACUGUUUAAUGCAAAGUAAAUACUGUAUGGGUUACCUAAAUAUCACAGAGUGAUGUAACAAAAUGUAUUUAACUUUUUUUUUUAUUUAACAGCAUAUUCGGAGAUUAUUUUUAGAAAUACAGAACUGUACAAUUGUUCUUUACAAGAAAGAGAAAUUGCAGCCAUAGAAAAAGGAACUGGCAAAGCAUCAGAAAAUUAUUUUGGCUGUGAUAGCUGGAAAAUAUAAAGCAAUGGAUUUGUUCUGAAAGUCAAGCCUAAAGUCUUCAAUGAAGGGGAAAGAAGAUGGAAGUACAUAUUUUUCCACUGACAUCUGAUUGCUGGAAUGAUCACUUUAAUAAUGGCUCUGUAGAACUGUAACUCUUGCAAUAUUUGUCUCUCUCCAGAAGUGCUUUUUAACAUUGAUAGCGAACAAAUAUAUUUUUACUUCAUACUAUUCUAUAGUAUAUUUUAUGUAGCUCAGAUUUGCAGACCACAGCACUGCCACUUAAAUCCUUCAAAAUGGUGUUGGUUAGCAUAAAAAAAGCAGCCCUUCUCAUUUUCCCUAUCACAGUGUUUACAGUACAACAUACACAGCAUUAAGCAACUGUUACUGUAGGGUAACAACAAAAAAAUUGACAGAUUAAUUAAAAAUGUAUCUUACUGUACUGCUGUGUUUUAUGCAAAUAACUGAAGCUACACACACAAUUCUCAUGAUAGUUUUGAUUCCUUUUUAAAGAAAGGUAUGCAUACAUUCUGCUGCAGCCGUUAGUAUUUAACCAACGGAAUGGAUGUUCAUGUUUAUAUUUUGUGCUAUGACCAGUGUGUUAAGGGUGAUCAGAGAGGUCUGCUUGAGUAUUGUUACAGGAAUAAAAUCGGUUCACUUUUGUGUGAUGUUUUAUGUCACUACAAUAAAAUAUAUAUAUAUACACGCACACAUAUGUACACAUAUAUAAAUACAUAUGUACACAUAUAUAUAUAUACAUAUGUACACACAUAUAUAUAUAUAUAUAUAUAUAGUCUGUGAAUAGUAAAUCACAGUGGCCUCAGGAACUUUUUUUUUGUUGUAUCCAGCUAUACUGAGGUCAGGUAAUACAGAGUCUUACUAAAAAUGUGUGAAUACAGUAAUUUUCUGUGAAUCUGCAUGCGACAGUAUAGGUGUCUAUACAGCAAAUCCUUGUGCUGGGUAUUUCUACGUGGUAAGUCUCCUCUGGUUGUUUAGUCAGCAACUGAAAGCCCUAUUGAUGAAUGUAGGGAGUCCUGGUGGUUAUAUUGACACUGUCCUCAGUGGGUUCUAGAGCAUAUGUAGUUUAAUCAGCAUGGAGGUGAUAUGGCUCUGUGCGCAGUCACUCUUAGCCGUGGUGUGCUUAUGUGUGCAGUAAGUCCUUGUGCUGGUGUGAACCUACAAGAAGCAUCCUUGCUGAUGGUCUAGGUCUUUUCCCAGUUAUGGUGUUUCUACCUUAGCAGCUCUACAAGCAGGGAAGUCUGAUCAUAAUCAUGGGUCUGCAGGCACAGUCCCAGGUAUAGUGGUGUUUGUGAUCAAAGAAUCCUGAUAAUCAUUUGACUCUAGGUACAGUGAAAUCCCAAUGAUGAUGUGGGUCUGAUUUUGUUGGUCUGUGAAUUGUGAAUGAAAGCAGUGCGAGUCCACAUGGUCCUGUGGUCUCCAAGCAGCAGGAGUACAGGACUCCAUACUACAUGUGCACAUCUGUGCUUGGUGACAUAGCCCCCCCCCCCACCCCAGUAACAAGGAUUGGGUGAAAGUCUGCCAGAUAUGGCAAGAAUAAUGCAUGAACUUACAAUUUUAGAUUUGUAUUCUAGGAGAAUGGACUCUCCCCAGCUCUACAAAAGGGGCAGUGGGACUGUUGCAAUCAAACAGCUGGGAAAUAUAUCUUGCUUUAGGUGAGCAGGCAACAUCUUUAUAUAUGAAUUAACAUGACUUAUCAGUGGAAUCACUUUACCACUGGUGUAUACUGGGUGUUCUGCUGGAUACCACAAAUAUAAGGGGAGUACUGUGAUGGUCAAGCAUGAAUUUGUGUUGGGGAGUUUCCCCAACUCUAAUAAAUGCCAGUGGACAGCUGGCAAAAAGUAAUGCAUGUACAUGUUUGGUAGUCUCCUGCCUCCAGCUGUGGAGAGCAGUGGGUCAUUUUUUUCCGUCUCCUUUGGAGCGAUGGAGUUUUCUGAGGCUGCUAAAAUACUUCUACAACUAACACCAAUUCUGUGAUUUCUUUAAAGCAAAACUAUUUUUCCUCUGUGUUUUGUUUGUCAUGUAUAAGCAAUGUCUUUUUAAAAAAAAAUUGUAAAAGCAUGAAUGCAGUCAAUUAGUGGAUAUUCACAACAGCAUGACAUGGUUUUGCAUGGGACUCGCUCCAGGGUUUAAGACUCAUAUGUGAUACAAAAUCUUUUCAAAGUAUAUAAAACAAAUUUAUAUUGCAUAUUUAAAGAAGAAAAGGGGUAGAGAAAAAAAUUAAGCAGGUUACUGUUUGUAGGAGAAAUGUGGUCUUGUCAGGAUAUCCAGAUGUUUGAACCAUUUCACGAAAACAUGCUGAUAAAUGUGAAUAACUAGAAGGGGAUGGACAGUGGAAAGGCUAUGCAGAAAGUAUGCACACACCAAAAGGCAAGGAAUACAUCUACAAGUACUGAAACAGGAUGAAUACAUUGCAUACAAGGUAAUAGCUUCUACAAACAGUACUGCAGAACAGUUUAAUGAAUGACCUCUAGGGAGUGAGUUAAUUGGGUGACAGGUACCCAAUUAAGUUGUUUGAAGUCUGAAAAACAGUGACUGUAUUUUGUCAUGAAACUUGGAAAAUAUAGGAAGGCUGCAACACACUUCAGUAGGUCCGGUAUUUCUUGCACUGUUGUUUUAAGUCACUUUUUGUGUUUUGUUCAUAAGUGGUUUAAUAAUGUGUGACUGUUUUUUGUCCGUCCAUUUCCCAGUAGUUGUGACUACUAUGCAUUCUAAAACAUUUUAUGAGAAACAAAAAUACCAGAGCAAGUUCUCGGAGAAAUGUCACUUGAGCCAAAUGUGAACAUAACCCUUCCUGGUUAUGUUUUGCUGCCAGUGCCGUUUUAAAAUAAUAGCAUAAAAAAUACUGAAGCCUCAGGAGAGUGCAUUAAGGAAUGUUUAAGUACGUGCCAGUGUGGUACAUGAACAUAACUAUUACUGUUAAAGGAAUCUGACUACAACAAAGCAACUUAAAAGCCAAAUGUGCCCCAAUAAAUUAAAAAUCACAAAACUCAAGGAGAAAGGAGCUGUGAUUGCCAUGCAAAGCUUUUGAGCAAAACAAACUCUUCUUCAGUGCAAUAAAAAAUACAAACUUCCAUAUAUACACACUAUGCCAGCAAUUAGUCAUAUAACCUAGAACUUUCCUUUUCAAAAGGAACUUUGCUAAAUUUUAAAACUUGUUUUACACUAUUCAUACUUAACAGUGUAUGUUAAAUGAAUGAGAUGGAUGUUCAUAUUUAAAUUGUCAAAUAGAGGAAAAUGCAGUUCCUCUGAAGUACCUUUAAACAACGUCCAGAUUCCAAACCAUUAAAUAAAAACUGAUAUUCUCAUAAGAAUGUCUUGCAGUAGUAACUUGUGUAAUUGUUCAAAAUGCCCUUCCCAAUAAGUAUUUAGAUGCAUUUUCUAAAACAGCUUUUGUAUUUUCUGACUGCCCAGAGUGUUUUUUCAAAGAGGGUUUAACAAAAUGAGCGAGAACUGUUGUAUGCAUGCCAGGAUUCAACAUUCAGGAUACGUUUUACUUUGUACUACUUUAGAAGCAUGUUUGUUUUACAAGAGACCAAAGAGCCUAAGUAGGCGAUGAUGAAUGUACAGCAUUUUAAUUUGUGACCAUUUCUUGUUAACAUAAAAAUAAAGUAUUUUUUAUUUGCCAUUAAAUACUGCAAACCACUGUUACACUGAUCAGCAAACUAAAUAAAUGCAGUGGAUUUUUUUAAGCAUUUAGUCAGUACCUUUACAGUUGGAUCAUGUGAAUUUUAUUAACAGUAUUUCAACCAAACUUGUGUAUGCCAUACAUAUGCAUUUCCUGGUAAGAUUUAUUGUAUAUGUUCAUGCUUUUACUUCAGUUCAAUAAAUAUACAUACCACUAAAA